AAAUAUGUCGUCUUGUGCCUCUCAAUGCGGCCGAAUCUGGAGCAGGAAUCCCACCAUAUAAGACUAAGAGGCUCUAUUAUAUGCUCACAACUCUAGCUAGCUAGUGCGAUUAUUUUAUCACUAAAAUUGAUGGCCGGCUAGCUUGGACCUAUAUAAUGGCUGCAGACUGCAGAUUAGGACCACAAAAUAUGAUCCAGAAAAUCAUAUGAUCCGAUCUGCCAGAAGGUUGAAGCUUUCGAGGUGGAAGGAUUCUUGAAGUGUUCUUGCCGUUAUCAAGCAGAAUGGACACCGAGCUACCGACGGCGGCGGCGGAAGCAGUCUUGCCAUCGUCGAGUCUCUUCCUCCCUGUCGUCGUGUCGACGGCGGUGGCGAUGUUGCUGGGGACGGUUGCUUACUUGUACGGCCCAUACUGGGGAGUCAGAAAGGUCCCCGGCCCACCAACCGUCCCUCUUCUCGGCCACAUUCCUCUCAUGGCCAAAUACGGGCCCGACGUCUUCUCCGUUCUCGCCAAGCGAUAUGGGCCUAUUUUCAGAUUUCAUUUGGGAAGACAGCCUCUGGUGAUAAUAGCUGAUCCAGAGCUCUGCAGAGAAGUUGGGAUCAAGAAAUUCAAACACUUCCCUAACAGAAGCAUCCCUUCUCCCAUUGCUUCCUCUCCUCUCCACCAGAAAGGUCUCUUCUUUACAAGAGAUACGAGGUGGUCAAUCAUGAGAAACACCAUACUCUCAGUCUACCAGCCAUCCUACCUAGCCAGUCUCAUUCCGACAAUGCAAUCCUACAUCGAAGCCGCGACACAAAACCUCCUUCCCACUUCAGGGGAAGGAAGAGGAGGAGAGGAAGGAGAAGACGACGUCGUCUUCUCCAACCUCUCCCUCCAGCUCGCCACGGACGUCAUUGGACAGGCCGCCUUCGGUGUCGAUUUCGGCCUGUCCAAACCUCAGCAACAACAACAAGACAAAACAAUUGGUAACGACGACGAUGUCACGAAUUUCAUCAACCAACACAUUUACUCCACCACACAACUCAAGAUGGACCUUUCGGGCUCGGUCUCGAUCAUCCUCGGCCUGCUCCUCCCCGUCCUUCAGGAGCCCGUCAGGCAGCUCCUGAAGCGAAUCCCGGGGACCAUGGACCGGAGGGUGGAGAAUGUCAACGUCGACAUAAGCAGUCGGCUAGACAAGAUCGUGGCCAAGAGAACGAACGAAGAAAACCGUGGUAGUUCAAAGGAUUUCCUGUCGCUCAUACUGAAGGCGAAGGAGACACAGUCCGAGGAAGUGGCUCGAACCGUGUUCGCUCCCGACUAUGUAAGUGCGGUGACUUACGAACACCUUUUGGCCGGAUCGGCUACCACUUCGUUCACGUUGUCGUCGGCGCUUUACCUGGUCGCCGGACACCCCGAGGUGGAGAAGAAGUUGGUGGCGGAGAUCGAUGCGUUCGGGCCUCGUGAUGUCCUCCCGACUGCGAAUGAUCUUCAACACAAGUUUCCUUACCUUGAUCAGGUCGUGAAAGAGUCUCUAAGGUAUUACUUGGUUUCUCCAUUAGUGGCAAGAGAAACAUCAAGUGAGGUGGAAAUUGGAGGCUACCGUCUCCCAAAGGGGCACUUGGGUUUGGUUGGCACCUGGGGUUCUAGCCAAAGACCCGAAGAACUUCCCGGAGCCCGAGAAGUUCAGGCCGGAGAGAUUCGAUCUGAACGGCGACGAGGAGAAGCAAAGGCAUCCUUAUGCCUUCAUCCCCUUCGGGAUCGGCCCUAGAGCUUGCAUUGGCCAGAAAUUCUCCAUACAAGAAAUCAAGCUCUCACUCAUCCAUUUGUACCGUAACUACGUUUUCAGGCACUCUCCUAACAUGGAGAAGCCGUUGGAACUCGAGUACGGCAUAGUUCUCAACUUCAAGCAUGGUGUGAAGCUCAGAGUCACCAAAAGAACGUAAAAUAUUCUACGUAAAACUUGGUUGCACAAUGUCGAGAGCAGUUUGUUGCGUAAUGAUAUUCGAUGUAAUAUGUAACAUUUUGUGCGUUUACAUAUGGAUAGUGAGUUAGCUAUCAUAAUAAUGUAACAUACAUCAUCAUCAUCAUCAUC